CAGGCAAGUUCACAGUUACGGGCGAGAGAGGAGUAGAUUUGGGCUGCGGACGCACAUCAGACGCGAUCAUGAUCGUCCCGAGACUUCAGUGCUUUGUCUUCUACUUCGCCUGCAUCCUCUUUAAGAGCUGCCUGUCUUUCAAGAACGAUGCCACCGAGAUCCUUUACUCCCACGUGGAUAAAAACACCCCGGAGAACAACGCCAACAGCAGCAGCCUCAACCAAGCCCGCAACGGGGGCCGGCACCCCGGGAACGCUGCCACGGACAGGACCGGUCCUCAUCAAGUUGGCUGCAGAGAACUUAGAUCUACAAAGUAUAUUUCUGAUGGCCAGUGCACCAGUUUAAGACCUUUAAAGGAACUGGUUUGUGCCGGAGAAUGCUUACCUCUUCCAAUUCUGCCCAACUGGAUCGGGGGUGGCUAUGGUCUCAAAUACUGGAGUCGCAGAAGUUCCCAAGAGUGGAGAUGUGUUAAUGACAAGACCCGCACUCAACGUAUCCAACUUCAGUGUGAAGAUGGGACCAGCAGAACCUACAAAGUUACUGUGGUGACUUCCUGCAAAUGCAAAAGAUACACAAGGCAGCACAAUGAAUCCAACCAUAACUAUGACAUAGCUUCUCCUGCAAAGCCCAUCCACCCUCAUCAUCACUCACAAUCAAACCGAGAUAGGAAAAGACUCACCAAGAUUGCCAAGCACACCGCCAGCUAGACGAAAGGAUGCCAAGACUUUCAACUGAACUUUCUUCCAGUACAUUGAAUGUCACAGCUGACUAAGACUGCUUGUAUUCUACUUUUCCUAAAUGGAAAUAUUCACGUUGCUCAAUUUUUAAAAGAGAUCUUUGGCAUAUGGUGAACACACUCCCGUUUUCAUAUUGUUUUGAAGGACUGAAUGUUUCCAGAAAAUGUGUUUUUUUUAAAGCUAUUAUUCAGAGGAACUGAGGUGCUUAAAUGGGUUUAAACAAAUAAUGUAGUACAAUUGUAAGUCAAAAUAAUUUAUAAAGUCCCAGUUUUUUUUUCCCUGAGAAUUUUUAUUUUAUAACCAUCCCUU